GAUUCCCGGCGUGCUCCGCUCUCCAAGCCUGGCUCGAGGUCGCGCAGCCGCCUCCAGGCUAAUUGACUAGCCUGUUGAUAGCCUUGCUUAGCAUUUUCCCCUGCCAGCCUCCCCACCUUUUCCCACCUAGCUCCUGCCUCGGGCGAGAAAGGGCGACGAGCAGACAGGCGGGCGGACGUCCUGACUUAGUGAGAGCGGGCUCCGGGAUGGACGCACUGAUGGGCUUUUGAAGAUCAGAAAGGUGGCCUAUGUAAGUGUCCGGACCCUGAACAAGAAGCCAUGGCCCUGCCUUUCCAAAAAGAACUGGAGAAAUACAAGAACAUCGAUGAAGAUGAACUUCUUGGUAAACUCUCAGAAGAGGAACUAAAGCAGUUGGAAAAUGUUCUCGAUGACCUAGAUCCUGAGAGCGCACUCCUACCAGCAGGUUUCCGGCAGAAAGACCAGACGCAGAAAGCAGCCACAGGCCCCUUUGAUCGGGAGCACCUCCUUUCAUAUUUGGAAAAAGAAGCACUGGAACACAAAGACAGGGAAGACUUUGUACCCUUCACUGGUGAAAAGAAAGGAAGGAUCUUUAUCCCCAAGGAAAAGCUAACAGAAACUCAUAAGGAGGAAAAAGUGACUCUUGACCCAGAACUGGAAGAAGCUUUGGCUAGUGCCUCUGAUACCGAACUCUAUGAUCUUGCAGCUGUUCUUGGAGUUCACAAUUUAGUCAAUAAUCCACGGUUUACUGAAGAAGUCCCCAGUAACGAUAGUGGCAAAAGCCCUCCAAGAAAUGUGGUCAAAGGUGAAAAGGUCAAGCCAAUAUUUGAGGAACCACCCAAUCCCACGAAUGUGGAAGUUAGUUUGCAGCAGCUGAAAGCCAAUGAUCCCAGCCUUCAGGAAGUUAACCUCAACAACAUUAAGAAUAUUCCAAUUCCAACCCUAAAGGAGUUUGCAAAGGCUCUAGAGACCAACACCCACGUGAAAAAGUUCAGCCUGGCUGCCACCCGCAGCAAUGACCCUGUUGCAAUUGCUUUUGCAGAUAUGUUAAAAGUAAACAAGACAUUGAAAAGUCUAAAUAUUGAGUCCAACUUUAUCACUGGAACUGGGAUUCUGGCACUGGUGGACGCCCUGAAAGAAAACGAGACCCUGACCGAGAUCAAGAUAGACAACCAGAGACAGCAGUUGGGAACAGCUGUAGAAAUGGAAAUUGCCCAGAUGCUUGAGGAGAAUUCAAUGAUUCUCAAGUUUGGAUACCAGUUUACAAAACAAGGGCCAAGAACCAGGGUAGCAGCUGCUAUCACAAAGAAUAAUGAUCUAGUUCGCAAGAAACGAGUAGAAGGUGAUCGGCGAUAACCCAACCAUCGGAGAAGUGCCGCUCUGCCUAAGGCAGCCAGCUGUUAAGAUCACAACCUUAAACUCUUGCCCCAGCGAGACCAUUUUUGAAAAGGUCAUUCAUUUCCGUUAAUUGCUCCCUCUUUAUUCACACCACUAAUACGUUAACUUUAUUUUGUGUGUGUGUGACAUUAUUUCUCUCUGAUGAAUAAUGUGCACAUAUUUUUUAUUUUCGUCAUGUGUGAUUCUGGCAUGCACAGUGAACAGUGGAUUGAUAUAGACUUUAGUUGAGUGGCAACCACCGGGAAUGACAUUAACUGCCUUUGUAGAGGAAUUUCUUGCUCAAUUUAUUCAGUGUAACCAACUUGUGUUUUUACUUCCCACAGAAGUUCAUUUUUAACCACAAAGAGGAUUUUAGUACAUAAGGUAUGUUUUUAGGAAUAGUUGUUUUUAUCAAGCCCUAGCUCUGUUUACAUACACUGCUUUGAGUUAGGCUAAUUGUUACAUAGACAUUCUGCUGACAUAACAAAAAAAAUGUGCCAGUAUUGCCAACCCUAUAUUGGGUGAGAGUAUGGAUGGAUUCCGUGGGACUGGAAAAUUGUUGAAAGAACAUGCCCUACCUAUGGUGGGCCAGUAGUAUCAUCAUCACAUGUAGAGGAGCAUCACUUUACCUUUAACAGCCUUAGGAAAACAACUACAAAGCAUUUACCAGCCCACAAAUAUAUUAUUUGCCAGCCAAAAGAUCAACACAGGUAGUGAAAUUAAUUAAAGCUCACUUCACUGCUUGUCCAGCAUAAAUUGUUUCUUACUGUUGACUAAUGACAACAAUUUGAAAGGCUGUUUUAGCAUUUUUCAAACAUAGUUUUUAACAUUUUAACAAAAGGUAAAAGCUCUUUUGGAGCUCUGCGUUCCUUUUAAAUUCACCAUACUACUGCUCAUCAAGAUUUUCUUUGAACUGCACUUUUGAGAUGCACUGUUUGGACUAAUUAUAAACCUCUGUGGCUUUGUCUACAUAGUGCCAAAACAACAGAAUGAAAAGUGAAAAAAUUAGAUCAGUUCUGUGUACCUGUUUUGUCUCCCUACUACCGAAGGUCCUGUUAUUUGGGAACAUACCAGUACAGACUGGAUUUUUCACUUGUCAUCUAGAUGUUUCCCAUAGUGCAGACAUAGCCUAUGAGAACACAAGUGACUUAACUGGAUAUUUAAUCUGCAUAAUGUUUUUAACCUAAUUAUUCAGUACUAAAUGAAAAAAAAGCAUGCUACAGUAACAAGGGUAGGCAACCUUGGGCAUUGGUGCCACCGAGUGGCAUCUGAGGCAUUCUGCAGCUCCUCUCCAUGCAUAUUUCUUUUUUCUUUGCCUGUUUCCUAUUUCUUCUAUUUUCUUCCUAACUUUCUUUUUCCUCUUCAUGCCUUCCUUCCUUCCUUCCUUCCUUCCUUCCUUCCUUCCUUCCUUCCUUCCUGAUUUUUCCUUAUCUCCUAACUAAGCCUGGGCCUUGCUGGUAUUACCAGGCGGCACACAUAGAGACCAAAUUCAGAAUUUAAAUUCUAUAGCCGAUUAUCUCUGCCACAUGGACACAAUUUUUUUCGGUAGCAUUAAAAUAAGUUAAUGAGAAAAUACAGAUAUAUUGUGUUACAGCUCUUAAUUUGUAGAAUACUGGAUCAACAUUUAGUAUACAGUCUUUUUUAAAAAAACGAAGUAUUUCUAACCACUACGUCUUGUGUUAUCCUUACCUACAUCUGGGUAUUCCAAACAGCUUAAAAUUAGGGUUAUGGUUAGCAUAUAUGCUAAAAUCUAUAGACACUUUCAUUUGUUAAAUGAGACAGUUGGAUUUAAGCUCUUUAAGGUUUAAAAAAAAAUUUUGAUGCUCUAGCACAAAAUGAAAUUUAGCUAUGUGCCCCAGCUUAGUGGGCCUUUCAUAAUCACCCUGAUGUUCCCUUUCCAACUUUGCAGGACAUCACAAGGUCCCUAGGGCCAGUGAGUAGAGAAAAUCACCUCCAUUCUAGAGAUCACCGUAGGAUGGUAGGACCAGUUCUUAUGUAAAAUCACUUACUUGAAGCCAGCAGCCUCUACUUCUCACCAGCCAUCAAAUAUCACCGCAUAGAGGCUAACUAAACAAAUGUCUAAGCCUGCUGCCAUCUUUAAAAAUAAAGGCAAUGUGGCUUAAUGGACUAGAGUACUAGGCUUGGGGUAAGAAAGAUGUGAGUAUAAAUCCAGUCUAAGAGACUUGCUAGUUGUAUGAACUUAGGCAAGUCCAAAUACCUCUCUGUGAGCCUCAGUUUCCUUAUCUGUAGAAGAAUGGUGUGAAUGCAAGCACCUACUUUACAGGAUUGUGUGAGGCUCAUAUGAGAUAAUGUGUGUAAAGCAUUUUGCAAACCUUAAAAGCAUUUUAUCCAAGUCAGUUAAUAUUAUUACUCAGUAUAUAUGCUGACACCCUUGUUCUACCCUCAUGCAAAAAAAAAAAUAAAACAAAACAAACAAAAAUUUUUUAAAACAAUCUUCACCUCAGACCAACUUUCCAUCAGUGAAGAAUUGAGGAAGACACAAUUAUUCCCUAGCCAGAAGUGAAACCAUCUAUAAUCAGUGCACCAUACAUACAGCAAUGAGCAAAUUCAGAUAAUCAGCCUGAAUUUACUAUGUGCUAGGCACUGUGGGAAGUACACAGUACCACCCUCAAGCAACUUGCAAUUUAGUCCUGAAAGAACCUUUGCAUUUCUUUGGGGGUCUUUUGGUUGUAGGAAUAAAGAAAAUGUGAACGGGGGAUUUGUUGCAGACACUUUAGAUCCACCAGACUGAGGGCAGGGAUUGUGCCUUACCUACUCAGUAUUGCUCCCACCAUAGUGCAACGGGUGCUUAAUGUGUCUUUUGGGGAUUUAUUUUAGUAGAAAUUUAGAUAUAUAUUUGAUAUCCACCAGGUGUUGCUAUGGAAGAUAGUCUAGCUGAGAAUUCUCUCCCUCUCCAGAUUGGAGGAGUAAAUAGAACUGAUUCUUCCCCACCACACCUAUCUCCACCCUUUGGAGCCGACUAAGGUUGUGAUCUUCACUUCUGGUCCUUAACUCUAUUUCCUCUUCCUUCUUCUCUCC